AAUUGCCUGAGGUUCCUUCGAUUGAGGAGGAAGUGGAAGAAACAGAGUCUUGGGCGAAGCCUUUGGUCCACCUUUGGCAGACAAAGUCUCCAAACUUUGUGGCUGAGCAGGAGUAUAAUGCAGCCAUGGCCAGAAUGGAGCCACACUGUGCCAUCUGUGCUCUCCUUAUGCCAUACUACAAGCCAGAUAGCAGCAAUGAAGAAAAUGAUUCUAGAUGGGAGACAAAAUUAGACGAAGUGGUUACUCCGGGAGGAAAGACUAAGCCCCUCAUUCCAGAGAUGUGUUUUAUUUAUAGCGAAGAAAAUAUAGAAUAUUCUCCGCCUAAUGCCUUUCUGGAAGAGGAUGGAACAAGUCUUCUGAUUUCCUGUGCAAAGUGCUGCGUGCGGGUUCAUGCAAGUUGCUAUGGUGUCCCUUCUCACGAGAUCUGUGAUGGAUGGCUAUGUGCUCGGUGCAAAAGAAAUGCAUGGACAGCAGAGUGCUGUCUCUGCAAUUUGAGAGGGGGUGCUCUUAAGGAAACGAAGAAUAAUAAGUGGGCCCAUGUCAUGUGUGCCGUCGCGGUCCCAGAAGUUCGAUUCACUAAUGUCCCAGAAAGGACACAGAUAGAUGUAGGCAGAAUACCUUUACAGAGGUUAAAAUUGAAAUGCAUCUUCUGCAGACACCGAGUUAAGAAGGUCUCUGGAGCCUGCAUCCAGUGUUCCUACGGCCGCUGCCCAGCCUCCUUCCAUGUCACAUGUGCUCAUGCUGCUGGGGUGCUGAUGGAGCCUGAUGAUUGGCCAUAUGUGGUGAACAUCACAUGCUUUCGACAUAAGGUCAACCCAAAUGCGAUGAACAAACUGAGGCUGAUAAAGGUUCAAGAUCCCAAGAUCACACAGCUAAAGUCCAAAGCUGCCGAGAAGGGCAUCUGUGUUGGGCAGACAGUCAUCACAAAGCAUCGGAACACGCGGUAUUACAGCUGCAGAGUGAUCGCUGUGACAUCGCAGACCUUCUAUGAGGUCGUCUUUGAUGACGGCUCCUUCAGCAGAGACACAUUCCCUGAGGAUAUAGUGAGCCGAGACUGUGUGAAACUGGGCCCUCCUGCUGAGGGAGAAGUUGUCCAAGUCAAGUGGCCCGAUGGCAAACUCUAUGGGGCAAAAUAUCUGGGAUCAAAUGUUGCCCACAUGUACCAGGUUGAAUUUGAAGAUGGAUCCCAGAUAGCAAUGAAGAGAGAGGACAUCUACACUUUAGACGAAGAGUUACCCAAGAGAGUGAAAGCUCGUUUUUCCACAGCUUCUGAUAUGCGAUUUGAAGACACAUUUUACGGAGCAGACAUAAUCCAAGGGGAGAAAAAGAGACAGAGAGUGCUGAGCUCCAGGUUUAAGAACGAAUAUGUGGAUGACCCCGUGUACCGCACUUUUUUGAAGAGCUCUUUCCAGAAGAAGUGUCAGAAGAGACAGUAAUCUGCAUGGACUGCUGCAGGCAACUGAGCAACUUGGGCCAGAAGAGGAAAGAUGAAGGGACAGCCUUGGGGCCAGCAAUGUGUUUCACUGGGGUAGGUGGCAGGGGUGUCUCUGACAGUGGAAAAUUAGGCAUGCUGGAGUUUGUCACCCAAACCACAGAGUACAAGUAUUACUAAUUGGACACAACAAUCUGAAGUCAUCCCCUAGUCCUGCUUUCACUUGUGAACAACUGUCUUCGAUGAUCCCAAAGAACUUUUCUAAGUACAAGGAAAUAAUAGUGAAUCACCCACCAAAAAAAGCCACUGCCAGAGGGGGCGGGUCCCCACAUGCGACCUAAUUAGGCCCUUAGUCAGGAAACACAUGGAGACUUCUCUCCACAAGCCCAGCAGGUGGGAGCCUCCAUACCCAGGUAGGAGGGUGAUAAUUUAUAUAUUUUCCACAGUCAGGGAAGGACUCUCACUUAUUUGUCUUAAAUGGAAGUUUUUAUAAAACAUUUUUAAAAUACAAAUGGCCUGUAUGGUAAUGAGAUUUACCCAUGUGCUAUCUGUAAUUUCCCUUGUACAGAACUUUUACAUUUUUUUAUAUCCCUAUUACUUUUGAUUGUGUCUGAUGAGAACUGAGUUGUUGGCCUUUGUGAAAUUUUUGGCUCUUGAGAAAGAAUUCUUAUGAAUUGUAUGGGAAUUUUAUAUAUUUAAAGAGGGAGAUCUGGGGCUGUUAUUUUUAAACACUUUUUUUUCAUAAUAUUCUGAGUAGA